AUGGGUUUCCCGCCUUUUGGGAGAUUUUUCUUGAUCUAUUUGGCUUUUUGGAGGGUAAGUUGAUCAAUUUUCUUUUAUGGCAAAAAUCUUUCAAUUUUAAAAAAUUUUGAAAAUUUUAUUGCCUGAGGGGAUAUAAUCAAAUCAAUAAAGUUUUUGAAGGCAUCCGAGAAGUUUUUAGCCUUGCAAAAACUGAUUUUUUUCAAAAAAAUUAAAAAAAAAAUUUGAUGUCAAAUGUUUAUAUUAUAAAGCAAGUUUAGGCCCAUGCCCAGACUCCACGGACCUACAGCACUUCAAUACUUUACGUAAAUGACAUUGAGGUCACGGUAAAUGGAGAUUUCGAAAAACAAAAUCAAGCAUACCUCAUCAUGGACUUCAAGGCGACUUUUGGCGAUCUACGGUAAGCGUGACUAACGGGAAACACAGUAAAAUUAAUAUUAAUAGUCAAUUUCACCAUGAUUUUUUUCUCAUCGUUAUUUGUAGCGCUUAUGUGGCCACUUUGCGGGGCAAAAAGUCUUAAAUUUUUUUUGCGUAAAGCUUGACAAGUUUUUGACGGUGCACCAUUCAAACAUGCCGAGACUUUUUGGCCCGUCUAUUAGCCUGUUGGGAAAAUAAUGAGCACUCUUGCGCAUCGAAAAUCGCAUCGCCGCCGAGAAAAUGAACUGUGUCGCGGCAAAAUCAAAUUGCUUUUCACUUCAGCGACUUGUUCGAUUGGUACAGCGACGGUGUGAUCAUUAUUUUCCCGACAGACUGAUAUAUUGAUUUUAGAAGGCACUAGACUCCAGGGGUUCCGAUUUCCAUGUUAUUCAGACCUCAGAUCUUUUCCCUGUACAGCAGACAAAGAAAAUUUUCGGGUAUUUUGUAUCGUUCAAAAGACUUUAGACUGGCCCUUUGAUCAUGCGGAUGGCGGGCGCACACUUGCGGGCCACCACUUUGCGGGCAAAUUUUUUGCGGGCAGCCACUUUGCGGGCAGCCGACAUUUGCGGCCAUCACCGGCAUUUGCGGGCAGCCUGGGACAUUUGCGGGCAGGGUCGACAGUUGCGGGCAGCCUGGAAGAUUUGCGGGCAGCCGACAUUUGCGAGCAACCGGCACUUUAUGAUAACAAGGUAGAGGUGGAAAAAUUACUUCGAUAUUUUGGAAGUUUUCCGACAUUUGCGGGCAGGCAAUACUUGCGGGAAGCCGACAUUUGCGGGCAACAGUUCCAAAAGUUCCUAUACAGUCUGUGUGAUUGUUUUUUCCUGUUGCCCGCAAAUGUCGUCUGCCCGCAAGUGUCGGCUGCCCGCAAAUGUCGGCAAAUUUCCAAAAUAUCGCAGUAAUAUUUCCACCUCCACCCUGUAACCCUCAGGUGCCGGUUGCCCGCAAAUGUCGGCUGCCCGCAAGUGUCUCAGCUGCCCGCAAAUGUGACCCCCCAAAUUUUGCCCGCAAAGAGGUUGCCCGCAAAAAGUUUGCCCGCAAACUGGUUGCCCGCAAAGUGGUUGCCCGCAAGUGUCGCGGCGCCGUAUUUUUUAAAUGCGAGGUAAAAUCCGCUAGGCUAAAUAAUCUUCUAUACCGCCAAAAUCCUAUUUUCUCCUAUCAUCCUUCCUCAUUUUCAAUACAACUAAAGAAUUAAGAUGGCGCUUUUAAAAAUUCUUUUUCCAGCGGAAGUGUUGUAGUCCAUGGAAGAGAGCAAUGCCAAUUGAUGGAGUCGAGCAAGCCGAUCACUUGCCGUAUCAGUCAAGUGGCAUUCAUGAUCGAGAACCCAGUCGUAUGUUUUCAUGUCUUUUCGUAUCCGCUUUCAGAACGCACUUUACAUUGAGGCCUUGCCGUCGCUGACCUUCUACGACAAAACUAAGGACGUUGAAAACCUGACGGCAACGCCGUUGUUCAAUAUUCGAAACGAAACUUUCAAUCAAACAACGCCGACCCAAGUGCAAACCGUGUUGAAUUCUAGGAGCUGGUAGGAUUGUAGCUGUUUCAAAGCCAUUAUUUUUAGGCCGAUCACUCUCAAUUACCGCAAAGGCUGCAGUGAUGAGCAUUAUUAUGGCUUUCAAUGCAAUGUUCAGUGCUUUCAACCACGCGAAAACGAGUGCUACGAGUGCAAUGCAGUCACUGGAGCGAAGAUCUGUUGUAAUAACACGGAUGUGGAUCAAGGUGAGCUUGAAAGUAGCACUGCAAAACAUAGUGCAGAAUUCUCAAUAUUUUAAGUCUGUCGGGAAAAUAAUGAGCACACUGUAGCGUCCAAAAUCGUAUCGCCGCCGGGAAAAUGAACUGUGUCGCGCCAAAAUCAAAUGACUUUUCAAGCGAGUGGCAAAGCGACAUUGUGCUCGCUAUUUCCCCGACAAACUGAUAAUGCGACCUUCGCAACUCCAAACCGAAAUCUAGUGGCUCCUACUACAGAGGUUGACUGUUCUUUUUUCAAGAGAAGGUCCAAGUGCAACGCACAGAUUUUCAUGAAGUUUUGAACAAACGUCUAGAUAAGCAGCCACACAUCAAUUCCUGAAACUUUUAGCUCCUGCUUUGCAGUGAAGGCUGAGAUAUUCAAAUGAUCUUUGCGGCCGAAAGAGCACGAGAAAAGCACAGAGCGGUCAGAAAGGAAACAUUCUUUGACCCUAUUUUUGCCAGCUUCGCGCGGAAAAAAAUUAUUUUUUUUUGAAGGCAUUAUACUCUACGACAGAAAUAAGGUCUGCAAUACGCGGGUUCAUGUUUUCUAAUUUUGUGUCUAGUUUUAUCAAGUUGCACUUGGAGCAUUUUUCCUUGUUAACCGUCUUUCCAAAUGGCCCAUUCAGCUACAUGCGACCGAUAAUCCAACGAAAACUUGUGUUCUGAAAACCCUGCACAAAGGUUGGAUAAAAAUUGAUUUUUCAGAUACUUGCCUGUACAAGAAUGGAGUCAUCCCUCCGGGCCGAAAUUGCGAUGAGCGAUUGAAAUUCCUCGGAGUAGAGUAUGACAAAGCGACAGCUCGAAGAGAUCUCUUCUUCUGGCUGAUGUUGGCCUUCAUUUUGUUGUUUGUUUUGGUAUUACUAUUGCUUAUAAUGGCGAUCAUUUGGGCCUUCAGCAACAAACGGUAAGUUCAAUAUCGUUGAGAGGAAAAAAAGCAAAAUUCAUGUGCAAUCAUUCUGUCGGGAAAAUAAUGAGCCCUCUGUCGCAUGGAAAAUCGCAUCGCCGCCGGGAAAAUGAAUUGUGUCGCGGCAAAAUCAAAUUUCAUUUCACUUCAGCGACGCGAUUGGUGCAGCGACUUUGUGCUCAUUAUUUUCCCGACAGAGUUAUGGGCGGUCCUAGACAUGGCUCCCGGCCGGGCCGUGGGCCGGCCCGGGAUAUUUAAAUCCAGAAUCUCGAAGCGAAAAUUGGGUUUGAUAAUGAAAAUAAACACAAUGUCAAGACACAAUUGGUUUUUUCAAAGGUAUUUUUGUUUUUAGAUAGCUAUGGCACACACAAGUAUUUAUCCAUUUACAUGAUGAUAGAAAAAAAAAUUUGUGAUAAGGAGUUAAACUUGGGGAGACUUUCGUUUCAAUGGGCCGGCCCGGGCCGGGCCGAAGCAAAUUUAAAACGGGCCGGGCCGACGGAAAAUUUGAAACGGGCCGGGCCGGCCGACGAGCCAUGUCUAGGCGGUCCAAGAAGUCUUGAAAUGCUUUUUGCACGAUGCGGUCAACGUUGCAAAGUGGCUUUUCGCGGCAAAAAACGACCAAAAAAUCGGCACGGUGCGAAUGAAAAACGCACUGUCCAGUUUCAGCGCGCGACAAAAGCUUUCAUUUUCCGGUCCAGUAAGUCCAUUUUGCACUGUGCACUCUGAAUUUUUUCUUUGUCGCCUUUUGAAGAUUUGCGACAAGGUUUCCGCGUGUUGGUGCACAGUGCAAAAUCGUCAAGACUUUUUUGGUCUGGUUUAGGCGGGAAGACUUGACCAUCCUAAUAUGAGAAAAACUUGACCCGACCCGCAAUGCGCCUAACAGUCUGUCGGGAAAAUAAUGAGCGCUCUGUUGCAUCGAAAAUCGCAUCGCCGCCGAGAAAAUGAAUUGUGUCGCGGCAAAAUCAAAUUUCUUUUCACUUCAGCGACACGAUUGGCGCAGUGACAUCGUGCUUAUUAUUUUCCCGACAUACUGAUAGUAUACAUAUCGGAAAAACUCUUUUAUUUCAGCAAAUAUGAAGAAUCCAAGGAGUUCAUAAUAAACCGUGACUAUUACGAAGAAGACCGGACCUAUCCGCAAGCCGUCAGCAAUUUGAAUAACGACACGAACCGAUCCAACCUGAAUAUCGACCAAUACGAUCGGUCGUUGCGCCGCAAAAAAGACCCUCUACAAUCGCCGACGCCGGAAAGGAAACGUCGAAAGCCGGUGUUCCAGGAGGACGAUGAUGAGAGUUCUACCAUGGACUACUUGCCCUUCCAUCGAGAGCAGCGGCCAUAUGCGGUCAGCACGAUUUUGCCGCCUCCUCAGAGAAGGAGGAGGCUUGAACAAGUGGUGUGA